GUGUGUGGCAGUAGUGAAAAAUGAUCCGACCGAUUCUACCGAUACUGGCGUACAUGAGCGUGCUCUCGAGUACGUACUCGCUGCACAUGGCACGCGAUGCUUACAUCAAGCCACCGCCACCUCCGCCACCUGCCCAGCUGCUCGACGACCUGGACGAUAUGUCCGAGCUGCUGGCGGAGAACGGUGUCGACCUGAUGCGGCCAAUGAUGGGCACCGUACACCAGAAGCCCCACAGUGGCACUAGCGUCGGCGGUGGCGGUGGAACGGUCGGGGGCAGUGGCAGCAUCAUCAGCAGUAACACCGGUGCCGUAUCGUUAGGUACCAUCACCCAUGUGACGAGCAAUGAGCUGCCCGAGCUGAGUCCGCCGCCAGCGCAUCUGCCGGCGGCGUUACGCCACGGCCCGAUCGGGCCACUUGUUGGGCAGCCACCGCGCGGCCUGCAGGAGCUGUUCGGUGUGCAGACCAACUUCGACAUACGUGCGGCACAGCAGCAGCUGUCCCACGGUCCGAAUGGUGCGACGUCCACCUUCGACGCCAACCAGUCCUCCUCCAGCGGUAUGGACGAUCGGGAUGAUGAUAACGGUGAUGGUGGCGGUGGGAGAGGUGAGGAUGGUGACGAUCUCAACGGAUCAGCAGCUGCUGGUGGUGGUGGACAGGGCAAUGUCAAUCUGCAACGGUCGGCGUCGAGCAGCAAGCGAGCGUCACCGACCGGGGGACGCAAUAAGAUGAUGGUCAACUCUGCCCAAGACGUCGGCGGAAGCAGUAGCGGUCUGCCAUCGAUCCCGCACGACAUCGCUAACCAAAUGAUGCUGCGCAGUACACGCGGUCAGCGGCAGUACGAUGUGCCGCAAAUUGAAUGUCCACCAGCGAUGGACGGCAUGGAGCGUUUUGCCUGCCCUACCCCAGAUCGGCAAGGCCGGUACCGAUGUAUAGACGAUCACGUGCUAUGCGACGGUUUCAUCGACUGCCCCGAAGGCGAGGACGAGGACAGGCAGGCUUGUAUGUUCUACAAAACGACAAAAGCACAUCUCGACGUAUUAGCGGACGCCUUAUUGAGAUGGGCUCGAGGCCGUUAAGUUGUACAUUUCACAGCAGCUCCCGACAGCAUCGCUGUUAUAGUGC